UCAGGAUCGUGUUCCACGUUCCAUGGACGCAGAAACAUGAGUGUUUGCUAUGUGUUUGUUUUCGUAAACAUCUCGCGUCUUUUGCAUACAUUUGUACACCUCCCUCCGCGUUUCAAAUUUCGGGGUGCCCAUAGUCAAUGGAGAAAUGACACCGAUAUUCUUUUACCUACAUCGACAGUAGUCCAUUUUGUUUUCACAUGCCUAGGAAGCUACACAGCAGCUUUCAGUGGAGCGUGUUGCAGUGCCAGCCCUGCAGCCUGCCAGGCGGAGAGAUAUCUGUGGUCGGCACCACGCUUGGCGCACAACUCUCCAAGAUGGUGGGGGGUUCCUCGCUGCCAAGUUGCUGAACUUUCUGUGGUGUAAACAUCAGCUGCACCAAUGUGUCCUGACAGGGAUUUAGACCACCAGCUGACUCUGCGACUGCAUGGAUGGAGCAUGCUUUCAUAGAUUGUGUAUAGACACUCAUGAGUCAAAAAAUAAUAACUUGGUAACUCAGCGUUCAACUUGAGCUCCAAUAAUUUUUCUGCAAUGGCUUGAACUUCAUAUUCAUCGUGUCUGACUUUAGAUACAACCUUGGUGCUGACACAGGAUUGAGAAUACUGCCAGAUUAUUAGAUCAUUAUGGCAAAAUGAGAAUAGUGAAAGCAGUCUUCAGUUGUACUGCCCAGACAUUCCCAAUUAUCUCACCGAGAACUAGCAAUUAGUCUGGGGCUGUGUGUGAGUAAAGAACAGAAUGUGGAAAAAAGGAGGUUCUUCAGCAGUAGGAAGCUGGAAUAUUCUAUCAGCUGUCUUUCCUUUGCUGAAGAGAAGUAUACGUUAUGUGUGUGUCUUUUUCCUGCUGUUGUGUGUGGCAGAGGCCCUACUUUCACUGGCUGUAUACUUUGGCUAUAAUGGUGGAACCUAUUUCAGGCAUAUCAAAUGGUACAAAGAUGGAAAAAUAAGUUUUUCUGACUUUGAGAAUGCAGCUGGCAUCAGACCACAAAAAAGCAUCUUUCAAACAUGGUUUUUACAGAGUGAUGAAAACAAAAAUCUACCUCCCUGUCCGCUGAUACCUCCAGGUCUAGAGGGUCUACUCAAGGUAGACGAACAGGUGCCAUCUUUCCAAGAACUUAAUGAAAAGUUCAGCAUGUUACAGCCAGGAGGACAGCAUCAGCCACCAGAGUGUUUAGCUCAUCAAAAGGUUGCAUUAAUUAUACCCUACAGGGAUCGACAGGUUCACCUGAAAAUAUUUUUGAACAACAUUCACCCAUUUCUUCAGCGCCAGCAGUUGGACUAUGGCAUCUAUGUGGUUGAAAUGAAAGAAGGUAUUGAAUUUAACAGAGCUCUGCUGUUUAACGUGGGCUUCACUGAAGCAUUAAAGCAGGACAACUACACCUGUUUUAUCUUCCAUGAUGUGGACCUUAUACCUGAGGAUGAUCGAAACUUGUACAGGUGUACAAGGGAGCCUCGUCAUUUGUCAGUGGCCAUUGACAGAAUGAAUUACAGGUUGCCAUACUAUUCUAUCUUUGGCGGUGCAUCAGCCCUGACAAAAAAUCAGUUUAUGCUUGUCAAUGGCUUCUCAAAUGUCUACUUUGGCUGGGGUGGAGAGGAUGACGAUAUGUCCCAGAGGGUCAAAAGCCGUGGUAUGCGCAUAGUAAGAUAUAAAAGAGAUGUCGCUCGCUACAAGUCCAUGUCACAUGCACGAGAGCAGCCCAAUCCAGCUCGAAUGAACCUACUACACAAAGCCCCUACAAGAUUCGACUCCGAUGGUCUAAGCAGCCUUGAAUACACAAAGCUGGCAUUUGAGCUGAAGAGACUGUAUACCUGGAUUUUGAUUGAAGUUGACAAAGAUGCUGUCAUAGAGAAAGCAAAGCCUGUAAUGCCAGGUCGGAAAAAGGACGCUAAAAAACAAGGUACCAAUGUGAGUUGAGUUACAGGAUCUCUUUAACUCUUUCCAGCUCCACAUGGACACAUAGUGGGAAAAAAAUCACAGCAUAUCAAUCGGGUGGAUGGAGGAAAAAAUGUCAAAUGUAAAAGGCUUAAUGUGAGAAGUUCUCUGCAUUGAAAUGUAAACCUGAAUAUUACUGUCAUUUCUGCAGAAGGCGAGGUGAUUACACGGAGUACAAACGUUUUAUCUCUUUGGCUCAGCUGAAGAGAGACUUGUAACUGAUGAGUUUGUGUGAAGAGACUUGAUGCUGAUGAGUUUAAAUGUGUGAAAAGAGAUUUGAAGCUGGUAAGUUUAAAUAUGUAAAGAGAGACUUGUAGUUGGUGAGUUUAAACGUGUGAAAAGAGACUUGUAGUUGGUAAAUUUUCCUUCUUCUCCUCCUCUUCUACCUCACUGCUCCCUUCUGCACGUAUUAGAUGUGCUGAAGCAUCAAUGACUCCGUCCUGUACAUAGUAAACUGUGGAUGAGUCAGUCUUUCUUUUAGGGAAGCAGAAAGCUAAAUGGUUAGAUAAAAAUCAUGUGGCACAAUGU